UAGGCGUCCCUGCCAGAUAGGUGGGGCAGGGAAGGGGACGAGGCGGGCCUCCGUGGGGAGACGGGCGCUGCAGAGGGGCGGCCCGGCCGGACUGGGUAUCCCCUUCCUCCCCUCUGUCUCCCAGGUGCCACUGGGACUAGGGCGGAGCAGAGCCAGGAGCAUCGGACAGGGGCCGAGGGAAUUCGAGCUUCGCAGGUUUGCUCACUUGGCAGCAAUUGAGUGUACUGGUCUCCUUGUCAUGGCAACCAUUGUCCCGGAAAAACUUACCCGCCUUUUCAUUAAUGUGCAGCAGCUUUGGCAGGUCCCCAGGCUACUGGAAACGGCAUUCCCCUCGCCUCCCUGCACCGUGGGCACCUCAGAUGUGCCUAAGGUCUUCUGGAAGCCCUACAUUCACACCGGCUACAGACCCCUCAACCGGACCUGGAAGUAUUACUUCUUCACGCUUUUCCAGCAGCACAACGAAGCUGUCAACGUCUGGACUCACCUUGUGGCUGCGCUAAUCCUGCUGCUGAGGUUCCAGCGGCUUUCCCAGACGGUGGAUUUUGUGAGCGAUCCUCAUGCCCAUCCCCUGUUCAUCAUUGUCAUUGCUUCUAUCACCUACCUAACCUUCAGCACCCUGGCUCACCUCCUCCAGGCCAAAUCAGAGUUCUGGCAUUAUAGCUUCUUUUUCAUGGACUAUGUGGGAGUAGCCAUUUACCAGUACAGCAGUGCCUUGGUGCAUUACUACUAUGCCAUUGAGCCAGACUGGCAUGCAAGGAUCAUGGGGUUUUACAUGCCGGGGGCUGUUUUGCUAGCUUGGUUAUCUUGUGCAGGUUCUUGUUAUGCUAAAUAUAGAUACCAUCAGCUUCCCCGCCAUCUGAGCAGACUGUGUCAGGAAUUGCCCUUGGGCCUGGCGUAUGCUCUAGACAUUAGCCCAGUAAUUCACCGGCUCUACACUGUUCAGCCCUCUGAGCAGGCAGAUCCAGCCCUUUUAUACCACAAAUGCCAGGUACUGUUUUUUCUUAUCAGUGCUUUUUUCUUCUCGUACCCUUAUCCAGAGAAAUGGUUUCCAGGGAAAUGUCAUUUCUUUGGGCAGGGGCAUCAGAUCUUCCAUGUGUUUCUGGUGCUGUGCACCCUAGCCCAGGUGCAGGCAGUGGCUCUGGACUAUGAGUCAAGGAGGGAGAUCUACACCAGUCUGCACAGUGACCAGACUCGCAAUUUCUCUGCUCUGUGCUUCUUCACCGUAGCCUGCUGCCUCCUCACUGCCGCUUACAUGACCAGCAAAGUGAAGUGCAAACUGAACUGCAAAGGAGAAUGAAAGCUGUGGAGGGGAAGCUCCUGAUCUCUCCCAUCCUGGCUGUUUGAGGGGAUGCCACCAUAACAAUCUGGAUUCAAAUCUGGCUAUGGACUAGUGUAAAGAGUUAUGGAAUGCUUGGAAAUGUGUUAUUGUUAAGUGAGCUGCAAAGGGAAAAUGCUGGAAGUUUGUGCUCUUUUGGAUUUUUUAUGAUGGAUAAGAAGACCUGGACAGGUGUAUGUGUGUAUAAGUGUUAAACCGGUUUCUUUUUCUGCUGAUUUUCUGCCUUCGAAAUUCUGGUGUUGUCUUUAAAAGGCCUCAAUGAAGAGCUGGGAACAACGCUCUCUUUGCUAAA